UAUUUACAUAUAAAAAUAAUAAUCGCCAGGCACACCCUGGGCAGCUCCUUAAAGCUUCUUCUUCUCCUAAAUUAUCUCCCGCAUCCAUCCUCUCUCUCCCUCCAUGCUGUGUGUGUGCAGGUAGUGAAGUUGGGGGACUCCCGGGUCAUUGACACUCUGCUGCAAGCGGGGGCAAAUCCAAAUGUGCCAGAUCCCUCCUGCGGUCUCACCGUGACCCACGAUGCCGCUCGUGAAGGAUUCGUGGAUUCUGUGCGCGUGCUGCUAAACUAUGGGGCCAACGUUAACAUCGCAGAUGAAAGAGGUAACCUUCCGCUGCACCUGGCCGCCAGUAAGGGUCACCUGGAGGUUGUCAGGCUGCUCAUUGGAUACACCGAGAAUCGCGGCGUACGCAACAAUGACGGACUCACCGCCGAGCAGCUCGCGCGCGGCAAUGGCCACACGGACACAGCCACGUUCAUCCAAAACCAUCCACAGGACCGGACAGCUGAACCUGCAACAGAGCGAGCGCGAUUUUGACUUCACCUCAGGUCUCCGCCACCACAAAGUCCUCGAUAUGCCUGGGUUUUUGUUUGUUUUGGGGGGUGUAACUUUAGAUUGUGUCUGGGUGCAGAUGGAAAUAAAACGCACACUGCUGACAAAGCUUUCCUUUAUGGCGCAAAAGCAAUAAUUAAAGGACUCUCACGUGACCGCACAUGAGAAGCGAAAAAUGCCCACCUUAGACGAGCCUAGACAAGAAUUAUUCAUUCUGAGACAAAUGACAGCGUUGUGGAGGAUGUAAGCGGGCUGAGCUACAGCGCAACGAACAGUUUAAAGUUGACAAACCAGUUUUUCUUUUGCUUCGGAACAAACAGAGGUUUCAAUGUCAGUUAAAAUUUAUCCCAGGGUUAAAAUCAAAUUUGCGCUCAUGCCUCGUGGAGCUGACGACACAGUGAAAAUGUUUAACUUUUAUAGACUGUAAAACACAUUGUAGUUCCACUUAUUUUAUAAUUUUUCAGGUCUAAUUUUAGUUAGUAUGCAUGGAUGCAGAGGUUAAAUAUGUGCCAUGAACUUCCACAUUUUUCUCCCACAGGUAAGAGGAAGGAUGUGAUUAAGAGAGCCUGGAAUCUGUUUGGAAAGCAACUUCUUCUUCUGAUCUUUUGUUUCCCGAACUUUUUUGCCGGACAUUGAACACGUCUAUACGUUAAAAACAAUAAUUAGCCUACAAAAACUUAAGAACAAAAAUCUGGGAUUUAUAUUCACGGUCUGGUGGAAAGAAUGCUUUGCAACACUUGCUUACUAAAUGAGAGAAUGUGACUCUUUCAUAUGGUUAUUGAAAAACUGUGAAGCUGAGCGCAUAAAAGUGUUUUUCAUUGUUAUUUUUAUGCAUUUACCAAACUAAUACCUUACAUACUGUGAGACAUCGCUUUCACAUUCACCAUUAGGUGCAUCUACACACUUCCGACACAGUCACAUAAACAUUAACUUCUUUUUGAUGCUGCAUUUUGUUUGAUGGUGUUAUGUUCUGGUCAUCAGACAACCCCUGGCACCUUUGUGUCUGGGCUAACAUUUAUCUAAUGCUUCAAAG